CUCUUCCCCUCCCAUUCCCCACUCCCCAGCCCAAACCCCUCCGCCUCCCCCUCCCCAUCCUCCGCUCGCCGGCGUCCUCCCGCGGCCAGAUGGCCCCGCCGUUCGUGUUCCCGUCGAGCCUGCGGGAUCUGGAGCGGGACACCGACGGCGACGGAGACGAGGAGCCCUCGCUCCGGCCGCAGAAUCCCGUCGCCGUCGCCACCCUCCGCGCCGCCGACCUCGAGGAGUUCGUCAAGGGUGCAUCAUUUGAUCUUUCUGAUAAGGAGCUCUUCUGCAUUGAGGAACAGGAGGUGUUCGAUGCCAUCUAUUCUAUUGUUCGUGAUUUCAAUUGCUUACCCCCAGCCCUUAAGUUUAACAUUGUUGAGACCUUGCGCUCCAACCUCAGUGUCCUUCUACCCAACAUAGACUCACUUUCCCGGGCAUCCAUGUCAUCCCCUUCUGAUACUACCCCGAUCACUGAUCGCAUUGCCUCACACCGCAAUGCCCUCAAGAUCUACUCCUUCUUUAUCAUUUCUAUUGUUCUCACAGAGGAAUCUGCUGCUGAAAGCGGCACAGGGGCUAAGGUGACAGCACACGGUCGAAAGAAGAAUCAUGUAUAUGCUUGGAAUUGGGAAGCUCAAAGAGGCAGGAUCAUGAGUCUAGUUGCCAAUUCUCUUGAAGCUGACCUUUCACUGCUUUUUGGUCCUGGAGGAACUGAUGAACGAUAUCUCUCUUUCGUUUCAAAGUGUACUUUUGUCCUCUGUGAAAAUCAGAAUGUGUUAAAAGAUGAGGAUACAAGAAAUGGUCUGUGCCGGAUAAUUGGAGCAAUUGCCACAAAGCAUCAGAGAGUUUCUCAAAUCAGUGCAUCUGUCUCGCAUCUGAUCCACAAAUUUGAUUUCACUGUUCCUCAUCUUGCAGAAGCAGUUGCUUCCGCAGAGAAAAAGUUUGGUGACGGAAGCCUCGCAAUUUCCCUGGUUAGGGAAAUAGGUCGGGCUGACCCAAAAGAAUACGCAAGAGAUAGUGUUGGUGCUGAUAAUGUUGGGAGAUUCCUUGUAGAACUUGCAGACCGCUUGCCAAAGCUUAUGUCAACCAACAUUGGUGUUUUGAUACCUCACUUUGGUGGUGAGUCAUAUAAGAUCAGAAAUGCUCUUGUUGGAGUUUUGGGAAAGCUGGCUGCAAAGGCUUUCAAGGAUGUUGAGGGUGAUAGCAAUGCUCGGCUUCGAAGUAAGCAGGCUAUGCUAGAGAUUUUGAUUGAGCGCUGUAGGGAUGUGUCAGCAUACACAAGGAGUCGUGUGCUUCAGGUGUGGUCUGAGCUUUGUGAAGAAAAUUCUAUCUCAAUUGGCCUGUGGAAUGAAGUGGCUUCAGUUGCUUCAGGGAGACUGGAGGACAAAAGUGCUAUUGUGAGAAAAUCAGCACUACAGCUUCUCAUCACAAUGCUGCAACACAACCCUUUUGGACCUCAGUUAAGGACUGCAACCUUUGAGGCAACUCUAGAAAAGUACAAGGAAAAAUUACAAGGAAUGGAGCCCUCAAAUCCAGACAAAGAUGAGGUUGCAAACGAUUGUUCGCCUGGUGAAGUGAUCCUGGGGCAAGAUGAAAGUGUCAGUGAUAGCUGUUUAGCAUCAAGUCAGGAUCAGAAUGAUCAUGAUGCUACGAUUGUGGAUAUAACAAAUUUGGAACAAAUAAGAGCUUUAGUUGCAUCACUUGAAGCUGGUCUGCGGUUUUCAAAGUGUAUAACUUCGUUAAUGCCAAUUCUUGUUCAGUUGUUGGCAUCAUCCUCAGCUACUGAUGUUGAGAACACCAUCCUUUUACUGAUGAGAUGCAGACAAUUUCAGAUCGAAGGAUCAGAAGCAGCUCUCAGGAAAAUGUUACCUCUGGUAUUUUCUCAGGAUAAGUCAAUAUAUGAAGCAGUGGAGAGUGCAUUCAUUACUUUAUACACAAGGAAAAGCCCAACAGAAACGGCGAAACGUUUGUUAGACCUUGCCAUUGAUUGUAGCAUUGGUGACCUCGCUGCUCUCGAGAGCUUAGUUAGUUCCUUAGUUUCAAAAGCAGAAAUUUCAUCCAGCACGGUAUCAGCACUGUGGGACUAUUUUUGCUUUAACAUAAACGGAGUCAGACCAGUGCAAAGCCGUGGAGCUCUAUCAAUUCUUUGUAUGGCUGCUAAGUCGUCUCCCAGCAUUUUGGGUGCUCACUUGCAAGAUAUUAUUGACAUUGGGUUUGGACGCUGGGCUAAGGAGGAGCCUCUGCUUGCUAGAACUGCAUGUCUUGCUUUGCAGAGAUUAUCAGAUGAAGACAAGGGCAAACUGAUAAAUACUAGUAGUAGAGUAUUUGCUGCAUUGCAAGGUUUGGUAACAAGCUUCUCAAUUCCUGAGAAAAUAUGGUAUGGAGCUGCAGAUAAAGCUAUAAGCACCAUCUACACCCUACACCCUGCUCCUGAAAUUUUUGCUACUGAGACUGCAAAGAAGUCCCUCAGUUCUGUAUUCAGUGUUUUAGGAAACGAGGAUGUGUCAAAUGGAAUUGAAACUGAGAAUGAUGCCUCUCUGUCAUCAGUAUCACCUUCAAAGCUGGGUAGAUUUCUUUUUGUUAUUAGCCAUAUAGCACUAAAUCAUUUGGUGUACAUUGAGAAUUCUGUUAGGAAAGUUCAGAAACAGAUACGGAAGAAUGAAAAAUCUCAGUCCACUGUGGAUCUCCAGUCUGACGUGUCUAAAAGUACGGAGGCACAAGGCAUAAAUGCCGAACUGGGACUUGGUGCAACCAUAGAUAUUGCAAUCGAGUCCCUUGCUGAAAGAGCAGAAAAGGAAAUUGUUUGCUGUUCUUCUAAAAAGAAUCUCAUAGGACAUUGUGGGCCAUUUCUCUCAAAACUCUGCAGGAAUCUUACAUUGCUGCAAAAGUUCCCAGACCUACAAGCUUCUGCAAUGCUUGCUCUUUGCAGGCUAAUGAUCAUUGAUGCAGAGUUCUGCGAAGCAAAUCUUCAAAUCUUGUUUACUGUUGCUGAAAGUGCACCUUCUGAAAUUGUCCGAUCCAACUGCACUAUAGCGCUUGGUGAUUUAGCAGUUCGCUUCCCAAACCUCUUAGAACCUUGGACAGAGUAUAUAUAUGCCCGGUUACGUGAUCCUUCAGUGUCAGUGAGGAAGAACGCUGUGCUGGUCAUUUCUCAUCUUAUAUUGAAUGAUAUGAUGAAGGUUAAAGGGUAUAUAAAUGAAAUGGCUGUAAGAAUAGAAGAUGAAGAUGAGAGGAUAUCAAGCCUGGCCAAACUCUUCUUUCAUGAGUUGUCAAAAAAAGGAAGCAACCCAAUUUAUAAUCUUCUUCCGGAUAUCUUGGGUAGACUGUGCAAUCAACACCUGAAAGAAGAAACCUUUUGCAAUAUUAUGCAGUUCUUAAUUAAUUCAAUUAAGAAGGACAAACAAAUGGAAGCUCUUGUGGAUAAGCUGUGCAAUAGGUUUGCUGGAGUAAAUGAUGUCAGACAGUGGGAGUAUAUCUCUUAUUGCCUUUCUCAGCUAACCUUCACUGAAAAGGGCCUGAAAAAACUCAUCGAUAAUUUUAAGAUGUUUGAGCAUGCAUUGUCUGAAGAUUCUGUGAUGAACCACUUCAGAAGCGUAAUAUCAAAGUGCAAGAAGUUUGCGAAACCUGAGCUAAAAGUUUGCAUUGAGGAAUUUGAGGAGAAACUUAGCAAGGUUCAUCAGGAAAAGAAAGAACAGGAGGAAACAACCAAAAAUGCUGAGGCACACAGACAGAGAAUUGGCUCACUUGAUGAAUUUCUGGCUACUAAGGAAGUUAGUCAGAACAGUGGGAAUUCUACUGAAGAAGAAACUAGCGAGGUAGUUGAUCCUUCGGUGGAUAGCAGCACCGAACAUAAGGAGAACACACCAGAAUGCAGUGACCAUACUAGUACGGAGAAUUUUCAGACAUCACCCCAAGCUACAGAAUCGGGUGGCGCUGGAGAGAUUCAAUCAACACAAACUGUUCGCAAAGGCGUGUCACAGUUAAGGGCAAAGAAAACCAGAGAUCCGGUUGCAGAUCCUUCGGUGGAUAGCAGCACCGAAAAUAAGGAGAACACACCAGAACACAGUGCGAAUACUAGCACAGAGAAUUCUCAGACAUCAGCCCCACUUACAGGAUCAGAAGGUGGCGAUGAGGAGAUUCAGUCCACACAAUCUGUUCGCAAAGGGGCGUCACGGUCAAGGGCAAAGAAAACCAGAGAUCCCGUUGUAGAGGACUCAGCAGUCAGUGGUCCAGUUAGACGCGCCACGCGCUCAACCAGAAGACAAGGAAGGUGAUGUUUCAGCAGUGCUCCCACCAAGCGGCAGCUCCAUUUAUAGCAUUCCGUUCCGUGACGAUCUCGCCUUGAGAUCCCAGAAUUCGGAUACACUGACUGGUGCACUUGACGAUUACUUAACCUGGAUGUCUGACUCCGACGGCGGCUGUUGUAUCUUUUUAGCAUGAUGCGUGUCGGUCUUAAUUUAGCUCGCUGAAUCCCGGUCGGCCAAUAAUUUUCUCCCAUGAAACUGUCAAGGAGAGUCUGUUAACUGCUCCUUGUAAGGACCACUUGUGUUUGGUUGUUGCAGUAGCUCGGCUUUGAAAUGGAUUGUCUGCAACUGGCUUGAUAUUUCAGGCCUGAUGCUAUGAUAUUUUCAACAUGUUGUUCUUACGAAUCCAGGCUCA